UCAUCGGGUUUGGUAUCCAGACUGAAUACUACAUGACUAUGCUGGUGCGGUGGGAAAUUUUGAUUUCUGCUUACAUUCCUUGACCUUAAUUGUGAUCAGGAAUAUCAUUAUCAGUGGUUGUCAAUGCAUGCUACACGGUUGAGGAGAAUCCAUUAUGACAGCCGUACAUCAAAGCACCUUGUACACUCCAUUUGCACCCUCUCAUCUCCAGCUGGCAUGUAAUGGCAUCUAUCUGGCACUGCCUUUCGCCAAGUCAGCGGGCAUUUGGAGUAUGCAGAGCCUCAGCUCUAAGCCGCUGGUGUUAGAAGCACACAAGAAGAAACUAAGCUGUCUGUGUUUUGGGCAUCAGCAUAACCCAACCCUGGUCUGCUCAGCUGCAGAGGAUUACAUCAUUGUCUGGAAUGUGGAACAAGCCAGGAGUACCUAUGACUUGGGUGAGCAGAUCAGAGGCCAGAUUAUAGGCCAGUGUUUGGGGCCUGCUCAGCACUGUAGUUUCAGCUAUGAUGAUGAUUUGGUGGCUGUGUGUGUCAACUGUGAAGUCCUCGUUCUUGACUCCAAGCUGGAAAGACUAGAUACCACGCUAGAGGGUCAUGUGGCCCCAGUCACUUCGGCAGAGUUUUCCCCUCACCUGCCCUCCACCCUGGUGUCUGUGUCUGAAGACCGCACCUUUAAGAUAUGGGACAUUACAGAAGGAUGUGUCAUAUACCAAUCCUGUAUAAUUUCAGCCUCACCAUUUCUCAGUCUUGUGAUGAACCAAACAAGUGAAGGUUUUGCCGUGGGAUCCGCAGAUGGCCAGGUGAGAAUCUAUGAUACGACUGAGGGCAAUGGAUAUCGCUGUCUGCAUCAUCUAGACGUUGCCAAGAUGCUUCACACACAGGGAGACGCAAGGGAAUUAGACAAAAACAACCGUGCAGCUGCAGGUCCGAGGACCAUCAGUAGUCAUCCAGCUUGGAAGAGGCUCAGAGACCCCCAGCCAGAUGAGGAUGAGAGACCUGAGGAUGCUGACUUUGCCUCUGAGGCUGGAGAAGCUAUCCUAGGCUUGCAUUUCACUACAAGGGUGUCUGCAGCAUCAAGGGAUUCUUCUAGUGAUGUCACACGAACCAAACCUCCAUCCCUCCUCCCAGAUGAUUCCUUGAUAGAAGAACUGUUAGAUGAAUCACCAAUGCUCAUCAUAGGUACCCCUGGCGCUCUGCUUCAAGUCAACGCCCACAGCUUUGAACUGGCAUCAUUCUUAGACUUUCAAGAUCCAAUUCCGUCCGGAGCCGAUCAGCAUUACAUGACGCUCUCUGGCUCCUAUGCCUUUGCUCAAGCAACAAACUCGGACAACCAGACGUGGUGCAUCAUUGGUAGUGUUUUUGAGAAUGCUGUGGAUGUGAUUCAGUUGAAGGCCCCUCCUUCAGUGCCAGGCUCUGCCCUUCCAGUGGAAUUUAACAGUCUCUCCCUGGAGACUUCAAAAGACAAGAGUGGAGCCUCUCCAGGAGAUGAUGGUGACACUAAACAACUUACUGUUAUCUCAAGUGUUCCACUGAGUGAAAAGUCCCUUUUGAGGUCAGAGAUGAUAGAUAAGCCCAAGGACACAAGUACCAAGACCAAGCAAGGUGGCAAAGUGGGUGUGAAGAAGCCGUCAAGAUCAUCACCAGGGGUCCAGGACCAAGCGCUGACUUUCAAGAGCAAAGUCAAGUCCUCGGGCUACACGGAAGCACCAAGGGCUAAACUGUUUUCUCCCAAGACAAACGUUGGUAAAGCCAGCUCCGCCAAGAGACAGAAAGGGGCGUCUGCUGGGGCUGCUUCCAGGUCUGCCACCAAGCAGUAUCCAGUUGAUGCCAAGCCUCCCACCACUUCCAAGACUAAGAUUGAUGUUGGCAACCAGAGCAUUCCAAUUAACUGCAUCAGUUUCUCUGGAGAUGGUCAGAACCUGGCCUGUGCCUUGGCCAACAAGUCCGCCCAGCUUUUCAAGAUGUCUCUGACUGGCAAGGGAACAAGUUUCAUAGGUCAUAAUGCUGCCGUGAACACCGUCCACUGGAGCCACAAUGGCCAGUGGCUACUAACAGCCUCCAAUGACAAGACCGCCUGCAUCUGGUCCACAUCUGCCUCAGACCCCGUCCUCGCCCUGAGUCACACAGACCAUAGCACCGGCGGAGAUCCGGAAAGGCAGCGGCCCGCUGAUAAGGGGAAUGGUGUCUUUGCCAAGGAAAUCAAGGCAGCCAGGUUCUACUACGUUGAUAGGCUCCUGUUGCUGACAUCUGGAAGUACCCUGUACCUGUAUAAGUACGUUGUGGAUACCUCAGUGGAUGAUAUUAAAAGGUAUCAAUGUAACUCCCGGUAUAAACUUAUUAAAUCCUUCCAGUUGGAGCAGGCCCAGCAAAUAACGGCAUUGUCUGCGGUCAACGAAUUUCACUCCUAUAUUGUCAUGUGUGCAGGUUCUGACAAGUCCUUGGAGUUUUUGGACAUGAACGUGGGAAGGAGCAUCCGUACCGUCCCGGAUGCCCACACCAGACCAGUGCAUUGCAUCUGCCAGAAUGAGGGAUCUGCCUAUGUCAGUCAUCCCCCCACGGCGUAUGACCUUUUCAUCACAGCUGCCGUAGCAGAUUGCGUGAAGUUGUGGGAUCUACGCACAAAUAGAUGUGUGAAAAGGUUUGAAGGCCACAUGAAUCGAGCACAUCACUGUGGGGUUGCCAUCAGUCCCUGUGCAAAGUACAUAGCCACUGGAUCAGAGGAUAAAUCUGCUUACAUAUUUGACAUCAGGGCAGGCACCUAUAUCCACAAACUCUCUAGCCACACUGAUGUUGUCUCUGAUGUGUCUUUCCACCCGUUGUAUCCAGAGGCUGCCUGGCAGGAUUCGAGUCCUUCAGAGGCACGUCCCACAGCGGAUGACAGUAAUGAUGGCCAUAAGGCAGGAGAAAAAGCACAAAAACAAAAUCCGGGUUCCUCUGUCAAAAACAAGUUAGUCACAGCUACCUUGGAUGGGAAGAUUCGGUUGUACAGUGACAGAUGACGACCUGAGUCUCUGCACCAUCCAACAAAGCCGAGAGUUGACUGGUACGGACCAUUUCAGCUGAGCACGAGAGGUACACGCAAGAACUGUGCAUUCCAACAGUAAUACAUCACUUGUGCUCAUCACAAUGUGGCCCCGCCAAGCAUACAACGAGGCUAUUCCACUACUGGCGCGCACAGGUUCACCCCACAAAACGGGAUAUCGCCACUUUGUGACAAAACGCCCUCUCACACACACUUACAUUUACAUCCUUGUGGGGUAUUUUCUUUCUUUUAUAUAUUGAAAUAUUAGUAUGUGAAGUGCAGUUUCAAAUUGCUCCCACUUGAACUGAGAUAACAUUCCUGGGUUGAAAUUUGGACCAAAUGUCUCUCACAUAAGUAUACCUUGGAAAUUCCUCCUUUUUGAGUUAAUUCCAAAAAUCCAUUUCAUUAAAUUUUUGUGAGGUACAUGCACCGAUCUAGUACCCCAUCACAAAGAUCUCCUGGGGUAAUUCCUGCCGUUCUGGUGGGCCACAAGGCACCACAAACUUAGGCAAGUUCUCCCUCAUGGAGCUCACACAACUGCAGUUUUUGGCUGAACUCUGUGUGCAAUAGUGAGUAGUUGUAAUUAUAGGCAACAGAGUGCCAGUUUUUGACACAGCCUGACAACAAAGACAUUAAAUAGAUCAAAUUAAAAAGACCUUUCUGGACAUAGGACAUAGCCAUGCAAUUGACCUAUUGGCAAACUGCCAAGAGGAAAAAAAUGCUAAAAUUGGGGGAGGGGGCAAUUGGGGCCAUCAUCCCCCCAACAAAAGAAGCCCUUAUUUUUGACAAUUAUUAAAGGCAUUUCUUUUGUCUUUUUCAUUUCCCUUUCUUAAAAGGUCCAAGAACGUAGCCUGACCCCCAAAGGUGCAAUCCAUUUUGAAAAGUGGGGGGGGGGGACAUAGUCGUGAUCAGAACAAAUGCGAGUGUGAAGCUCUGAGCUGCAUGGGGUCCAGAAAAGUUUGGAGUAUAGAUGCUCUGUGGGGUGAUUUGAGACAAAUUUGGCUACUUUGGCCAGUUUUUUAACAAAUGCAUUUGCAAGCUAUACAUUUUCAUUUAGCUUCUGGAAAAAUGUGGGGGACAAUAAUGAUAUAGUGUCCUCCCACUUGGAAAAGUGGAUCCCCCACCGAUUGACGCCCAUGCUGACCCCUCAGGAAGACCAUGAAAACUUACAUACAGAAUUUCUAAAUGUUUUAUGACCCCCCCAAAAAAGAAAAUCAAAUUCAGCCCUUGAAAAUUUGGUUGUGGAUCCACCCUUGGUCCAGUACAUGGCAGUAUGUACUUGAUAGCAUUUGGCUAAGUCCGUGAGUCCAUUGGCAAGUGAGCGGAGAUGGGUAUAAUGACAAAGGAAUACCUUUGUCAUACGUGGUUCAAGGCUGCAUGACUUCUGAUGGACUUGCAUGUGUGUCACUUCUUUGUUGGUAUUUAGUACUUCCAUUACAAUGCCUCUGCUGAGCUUCUGACAGCUGAAGAGAAUGUCGUGUAGAUACAUGUACUUGCCUAUAGCAGUUUCACUUUCUCAACAUCGGAAUCCAACAACAACAUUUUUAAAAGCAGACUUCACAGUAUUUUUUUCUCCGUCUCAUAAAAUUGAUCUUAGUAUGUGUGCAAAUUUGUUUCUGCAGCCAUAGGACGUCAGUGACUCGGAUGUCCCCAGACAUUACCUUUAGGGAAAAAAAUGGUUCCAUGGAGCACCUAAUGAGACUCGUGGGAUGUCAGCCUUGCUCGUGGUAUUUUGUUCGCACCUGCUGUUUGGAUUCCUGAGCUUGGAUGUGCAUGUACAGUACAUGUAUUAUUAUUAACUUGCCCUACCUUUAACUUGUACCAUCUCUUUCAAUCUCGAUAAAAUAUGGGACUCGUACAUGAAGGUGCAGGAACUCCGUGACUGUAUUUAUAUUUUGCCCUUGGGGUUUUUAAAACAACUUCUGCACAUGUGUUACCAGCAUUUCAUCUCUUUCUGCUGAAGUGUUACAAAGAAAAGACAUUGUAAAGCCACAAACGCUGGAAUGUUCCCUUGUUGAAUCAACUGUACAGUGUUUCUGUCAUCAGUUUUAUCAUUUCUGUCCAUGGAUUGGUUGUGUUUAUGUGGUCUGAGUUCUCAGGAGGUAACAGAAUGCAAAUGGUACUGAAUGUGUCAAGACUGCUCAUUCAGCAUUUUUUGUCCAGUUUUAGUGAAAGAUUUGGCAAGGAUCUUUGUUUCAGACCCAUUUUACUUCGCCUACAGUUGAUUGUGGCUUCCGUUAUUGCACUGUUGUGCUACCCCUAAUUCAAUUCAGUAGGUAACUUUUUUAUGCAUUUUUGCAUGAUACCUUUGGGCAGAUGCAUACAAUGAUACUGCCUUCUUGUGAGAGACAAUUUUGUCUGAAGCCAAGUACAUUGUACAGUAAUCAUCUCUAGUCCCAUAGGUACCCAUUUACACUCCUGGUUUGAAAGAGACGUCGCUGUUUACAACAUGUACACAUGUAAUCAGCUGCUAGAAUCGAAUCCCUGAUUCAAGUGCUUUGGAGCUACAAAGCCCUAAGGUAGUUGGCAUGAAUAAAUACUGGUGCUGGCCUCCAAAAUGCACCUUUGUGUCUAGUUCUCAGUUAAGCUCAUUUUCAAUUUUUGUUUCACUGUGUUUACAUUGUUUCUGCCAAAUGAUAUUCCAGCAGAGGGAGAUUCCAAACAGACCCUGUCUUUUGUUCACCAUGAACCACUGGCAUGUACAGGUCUUGAUGUGACCUUGUAGAACAUUUUUCAUCAGCAGGUGUGAAGUUGUGAAAGGUCAAAUUCAUGCACUGCCUCAACAGAUCCACACACUCCAGACAUCUGUCAAGCACUGUUGAACUGUUUGCCAUGUGUUGGUCAAAAAUUGGCUUCAGGCAAUGCUGUCCAAUGUUGGUCAACUUUCACACCCAAAUUAACCCCCAGAGGUGGUAAUGUCAUUCCAAUUUGUGGUUGGAAUAACAUUGCCCAACAUCUUCCCUCCAAGUGUAAUUUUUGCAGUGUAGUGCAAGGCAGCCACUUUGUUUUGACAAAAACAGAAAGAAAUAGCCCACCUGUAGGCUUGUUUUGAUGUUACUGCAUCAGGAGAAAAAAAGAGUAUAGCAGAGAGGAUGUCUUGUUAAUAACUUAAGGCUGGCUUUGUGCAGCUGUAAGGUGAAAUAAUGAGGCAAAGUAUGGGGUUUGUUAACUAUUCAGCGUGUCACUAAACACUUGAGGAAAAACAAUAUUACCCAGGUUCAUGAGACUAGGACAUAAUGUCUGAGUUUAUCAGCAAAUAGGGUGCUGCCAAAUUUAAUGCAGUCUUUUGGCACAAAAUCAAACUUGGAAGAAAUAUACAGUUCAUCAUGAGAAAUGAAGGUUUUGCACCGGAAUUCGUUUUUACCUAGAAGGCACAAAAACUGCAGUGUCUUCACAGAGCAGUGCACCUGAAAGUAUGCGUACAUGUGAGUGCUGUCAAUUAUGUCUCUCUUUUUGCCCUCGGAGGGUGCCAGAUACCAAGAAAGAUGAGAGUUAACAUUUUUUGGUUUAAAUUUGUUCCAUCACCUCUUUUGACAUAGCCACUACCACCGUUGUCUGUAGUGAAAUGUCAGAGCUAGUUCAUUGUUCCUUGUCUCUUUUGUCAUGAGAGCCUCUUUCACUCCUUCUGUCUCUUCUCGUGCUUUAAUUGCAUGUAUUCCUUUUUUAAUAUCAGUCCCGUCUUCAGCUCCACCAUACCACAAUUGUAAUUAGAUGGACCUCUGAAUCAGUAAUAUAUUUCCAGUAAAUAAUUGAAGUACAGGAAAUUCAAACCUUAAGUGCAAUAUGACUUGUCUCU